AUGAGCCCUCCGAGACGUCCGCGACAGCCCACGAGCGGUGGUCGCGGCUACCGAUGUCCGGCUGCGGACAAUGUUACAGGUGGGUUCCUUUGUCGUGAUGCUUACCAUCUUUCGGCUGA